AUGAGUUUGAAGGGUUUCCAGAAGAGCAUCGUUCGCGCACCGCAACAAUUCAAGGCGAAAUUCAACAUCGGCGAACACACCAAAGAUGCAAUCUACCAAGAUGCAGAGCGCCGAUUUCAAGAACUCGAAAAAGAGACCAAGAAGCUUCAUGACGAGUCGAAGAAGUACUUCGAUGCCAUAAAUGGCAUGCUGAAUCAUCAAAUUGAGUUCUCCAAGUCUAUGACAGAAUUAUAUAAACCCAUUUCGGGUCGUGCCUCGGAUCCAAGUACAUAUACCAUUGAAGGCAACCCUGAGGGAAUUCGCGCCUGCGAAGAAUAUGAAGCGAUUGUCCGCGAUUUACAGGAAUCUCUUGCGCCCGAGUUGGAGCUGAUCGAAACUCGGAUUGUCAGUCCUGCGAACCAAUUACUGGAGGUGAUCAAGGUGAUCCGCAAGGUCGCAGUGAAACGAGACCAUAAGAAGCUGGACUAUGACCGUCACCGGAACUCGCUGAAGAAGCUGCAAGAAAAGAAGGACAAGUCGCUGAAGGACGAAAAGGCGCUCUACAAAGCGGAAAACGAUGUGGAGCAGGCCACUCAAGAAUACAACUACUACAAUGACCUGCUCAAAGACGAGCUGCCGAAACUCUUUGCUCUUGAGGCGGAGUUUAUCCGUCCACUCUUUCAAUCGUUCUACUACAUGCAGCUGAAUGUAUUCUACACCCUUCACGAGAAGAUGCAAGGCAUGAACAUCGACUAUUUCGACCUGACACUAGACGUCGAGGAGGCCUAUGAGAAGAAGCGCGGUGAUGUUAAGGAGCGUGCAGAAAGCCUUACCAUUGUUCAUUUCAAGACCAAGGGUCUGGGUCGACAGACCUCGAAAUUCACACCUCCCGGCAAGGACAAGAUGGCGUACGAGAGCAAGAGCACUUUCUCCCAUACUAAUCGCUCCGAGGACACCGAUAACCCUCCUCCACCAUACUCAGCGUCUGCAAGCACUGUUGCAGCCGCCAAAGCCAAGCCGGCACCUCCACCACCCAAGCCCAAGCCUGCUCGGUUCAAUGCUCCCGUCGAAACUGUAACAGCACUGUACGAUUACGAAGCACAGGCGCACGGGGACCUCAGCUUCUCCGCUGGCGACGUGAUUGAGAUUAUCAGCCGAACAGACAACCAAAAUGAAUGGUGGUCCGGUAAAGUCGAUGGAAGGGAGGGCCAAUUCCCAGGUAAGUAA